CAACAACUCCACCACCACCACCUCCAACAACUCCACCACCACCACCUCCAACAACUCCACCACCACCACCUCCAACAACUCCACCACCACCACCUCCAAUGACCGAGUCACCAAUGCUCCAAGCUUCAAUCAGUGAGAUCAGUUCAGAGACCAGACUCACUGACCCUCCCUCCCUGACUCCAACCCAGACUCUCCUCUCCAUACCUAACAGGAGUGUGACCAAGGGCCUGUGUUCGUACUGCUGUAAACCAAUGGUGGCUGGAGCCAACAUGAUCCUGGAGGAUCUUCAGAUCUACAGCCACUCAUCCUGCUUCAAGUGUGAGGUGGAGACCUACAUGUAGGAGACAGUAUGUGGCUCCAGAGGGACAGUGCACUGUGAAGGCUGCUUCAGCACAACCAGAGGUGUGUGUGUGUCCACAACAAAUCCGUCAUGCUGGCUUGGCUCUAAUCCAGCCCCGUACGGUUUCUUUACAGAGAAGUAUCUCCUCUAGGGAAGGAUGACAGAACGCUCACGUCUCCACGGUAACACAGACUGAACAAGGAGACACCGCUUCAGAAGUCGGAAAAGGACACAUUGCUUUUACAUGGGUGGAUCUGGUGGUUGACUCAACAGUAAAUUACAUUUUAUAAUGUAAUCUGGAUCUAUAAUCUUCACAACCUCUCUUGCAAAUGAUUGUCACAUAUAGAAUCAGAUCCAAUGAUCUGGAUGGAUUCUUUAUGUACUUGUGUAUUUAUCUACUUUCAUGUGAUAUGACGAUUUGUUAAAUCACAUUACAAUAUAACCACCAACUGAUGUCAGCAUGUAGACAUGUUUAUUAAAAUGGACAUCUUCACAUGUUGUACAUUCCACCUACAUUGAUUUACAAAGCAACAAACUACUAUAUAUACAGUAUAUACACAUACCAGUAUCUAUAUAUUUAUAAAAUACAUCAGGAGAGAGAGAGGGCCAGAGAGGGAGAGAGCCAGAGAGGGAGAGGGCCAGAGGUCCAGAGAGGGAGAG